CGUAAGGUGACGUUGGUGACGUUUAAGGUUAUGUUGAUGCUCUUUUAGGUUAUAGUUAUUAAAAAACUCAAUAAUUCAAUAAUAAAUGGAUCGACUUGAAUAUUCUACUCCAACUUUAAAAGAAAGCGAAACUGUUAUUUCUAGAGAGCAAAAUGUUCGUUUAUAUGAUGGACAUCAAAAGACCUCCUUUGAAGGGGGAGAAAUAAUGCUUACUUCUCAUCGCUUAUUGUGGGGCCAUCGUGAAGCAUUAACGCUGAAUCAGAUAUGUCUUUCAUUAUCCCUAAAACUUGUUAUUUAUGCUGAAGAAGAAAGUAGUUCAUUUAGUUUUUCCCGUUCAAGAAAAGUCAUUCUGUAUUUAAAUGAACCCCAUUCAGAUAAAAAUGAAGGCCCCCAAGUUAGGAGUACUUUUAAUUUUAUAAAGUUAUCGUUUAGGGAAGGCUAUAGAACAGAUAUUGUCGGCCAUAUAAAUGAAACAAUAAGCCUAAAAAAAUGGGAAAUAGUUACAGUGCCUAGUAUCAAACUAAGAACUGGUAUAGUUGGAAUUGAAAGAAGCAUACAAGAAAAACAGAAAGCCACAAAAGAAAGUAUUUCAGUUGCAUUUCAAGAUCUCAGUAAACUUAUGACUAUGGCAAAAGAUAUGGUACAGCUAAGCCGGCUAAUAUCCAACAAGAUAAGGGAAAAACAAGGAAAUGUAACAGAAGAUGAAACUGUCCAGUUUAAGUCUUAUUUGCUUAGCUUGGGAAUAGAUGACCCAGUAACAAGGGACACUUUUAGUACAGAAGAUCAGUAUUUUAGUAAUUUGGCUGUUCAAGUGUCUGAAAUAGUAAAACAGCCUUUGGAGGAUGCAGGGGGCCUCCUGCCUUUAAUUGACGCAUUUUGUAGAGUAAACAGAGCUCGUGGUUUGGAACUUUUGUCACCAGAAGAUUUUCUAGCCUCAUGUCGUCAAAUGGAACGACAUAAUUUAUACUUAAAAUUGCACACAUUCAAGUCUGGUGUUAUGGUCUUGAGAUUGGCAUCUCUCAGUAAUGAACACGUCGUAAAUAACACCCUUGAAUUAAUAGAAGAAAAGGGGUCACUAUCAGCAGAGGAAUUGGCAAAAUUGUUAGGGAUAUCUGUAAUGUUAGCAAAAGAAAGACUUCUGACUUGUGAAGAGUAUGGAGUAGCUUGCAGGGAUGACUGCAUCGAAGGAUUGAGAUUUUAUCCCAAUUUAUUUUUAAAAGACUUAUAAAACAAAUUAAUGCUGUAUUAUAUGUAUAUGCAAUAUUAAUUUAUUUCACAAUUAGUUCAAUAACUGACUCAUUUAUGUAUUAUAAUUUUUGUAUUUAUAAAUACUAUU